AUGGUGGCAGACGCGGUCCUUAAUGUUUCUUAUGGUACCAGAAUUGAUAUUAUUAAGGUCUGCCAGACGAACAAAUCAUUUAGAAAUUUUGGCACCCAGCUCCCUAACUAUAAGAACAGACCAAACUGCCCACUGUGCUCCAAGGCGGGACACGGGGAUGCGGCGCAUUUUUCGGGCUCCGGAAGGUGCGCUGUGAACCGAAUUGCGCUGAAGGAGUGCAGGAAGCAGGACAGCAGACAUGCUACUACCACAGAUAGCGAGAUACCACUGAUCCUGUGCGAGCCGUACAGGGUGCGACGAACACAGGAUUGGAUUACGAACGAGACUGAGACAGCAGCUAUCUGGGUGAGGGCCGCCGCCCGAGCCCGGACAGCCGCUCGUGGAGUAAGAGACGACUACGUCUGGGCUAGGGUGGGCGCUGUCACUUGCGUGAGCGUCUACCUGACCCCAAACUGCGCUGCGGCGGAGUUCGUGGCGAAGGUUGCGCUCCUUGAAGACGGACUCAGGGACCUGCCCGGGGACCUCAUGGUCGCGGGGGACUUUAACGCGAGGGCGAUCGAGUGGGGCAUGACUGAGACGAACAGACGCGGACGGCUGCUGCUGGAGAUGGCCGCAAGGCUGGACCUGGUAGUGGCGAACACGGGAAACGUACCGACGUACAGACGGCCGGGAUUUGGAGACUCCAUCCCGGACGUAACGAUGACGACGGACAGGAUCCUGCCACGGGUAGGGCGGUGGCGGGUGUUCGAGGGCUACACGGCCAGCGAUCAUCAGUACAUCGUCUUCGAAGUGGCAGAAGAGACGACGACGACACGGACGGGGAUCCAGCACCCCCCGCGGUGGAACGUAGACAAACUCGACGCGCACAAGCUUUCGGUGGAACUGGCGAAAGCGCCGGCCCCGAUUACCGACGUUCCCCCAGAGCUGACUGGCCGGCAAAGGGCGGAAAGACUGGCAGACGAGACGACCAAACUGACGACACGGCUGUGCAAUAGCACAAUGCCGAAACGACGGUACGGACGUAACAGACAGCCACAGUACUGGUGGACCGACGGAAUAGCCGAGCUGCGGAAGAGCUGCUUGGUGAAACGAAGACGGGUGACUAGGGCUGGCGAGAACCGAAAGGGAAACCCGCCAGGCCGAGUACAAGACGGCACGGAAACAACUGACGGACGCCAUCAGGGACAGCUGGGGGCCCGGAUCCCGCCAGAACUCAAGGAUGCUGAAACCGCACGACGGAUCAUAGACGGACUGUUUCCGACGCACCCGACGCGGACAGACGCGACGAACGGUGAUGAGACGGCGCCGUCCCCCGUCUUUACUGCUGAGGAGCUCGUCGGAGCGGCCAGGGCAAUGAAGAUGGGUAAGGCGCCAGGACCGGACGGGGUACCGGCGGAGGUUCUUUGGCUGAUGGGACUUUCAGCGACCGGUGAAAGACGGCAAAGCUGGUCCUUAUCCCUAAGGGGUAAGGGCGACCCCAGCGCACCGUCGGCCUACCGGCCGUUGAGCUUACUAGACACGACGGGGAAACUUUUCGAACAGUUACUGCGACCACGACUGACGGACGCAAUACAGAAAGGAGGAGGACUAUCAGACCGACAGUUUGGCUUCCGGAGGGGUCGAUCGACGAUCGGAGCGAUCCAGGAGGUGGUUGACUCCUUCCGGGAGACAGGCAGACACUGCCACGCAGCACGACCUAUCGUGCUGCUGGCGACACUGGACGUCAGGAACACCUUCAACUCGGCCAGGUGGGUGGACAUCUUGGAGUCGCUGAGAGGCGACUUCGGGGUCCCGCCUUACCUGCUCCGGGUUGUGGAAGACUACCUUUGGAACAGACGACUGACGUACGGAACGACCGAAGGUCAAGUGACGCGACAGAUCACCGCGGGGGUCGCCCAAGGAUCCAUACUGGGACCUGACUUUUGGAACGGGAUCUACGACAGCCUGCUGAGACUGGAGCUCCCGCUCGGCGUUCGCCUAGUCACUUACGCUGACGAUGUGGCGGCGGUGAUAGUUGAGCGCACUCCAGACUUGGCACAAUACGUAAUAAACCAGACGAUGAGACGAGUCGGACGGUGGAUGACUGACCACGGACUGCAACUCGCGACGGAAAAGACAGAACUGGUGCUUUUCACCAGAAGACGCAUACCGACCACACUACGCAUGACGGUUGGGACGGACAAGAUCGAGACCAGAGGGGAAGUCAAGUACCUGGGGGUGACCCUGGAUACGAAGAUGACCUUCUGGCCUCACAUACAACGGACAGCUCAGAGGGCGGCCGAAAGGAUAGCAUCCCCAAGCCGCCUGAGGGCAAACACGAACGGACCGAGACCGGGGAAACGGGGACUUUGA